CACAAAGUCCCCACAUUGUGUACUAAAAGACUGUUUCAUCCCUAAAUCUUGCACCUUUUAGGCCCAAUGCUCAAUAUUGCUCAUGCCCAUUUUGGCUAUGUAUUUUUUUUAAUGAAUUAAAUGUAACUGAAUAAAUUCUUGCAGCCAUAAAUCCAUAUGCAACCUAUUUAAGCCACAGUAAAUAUUUUGAUAUGAUUGUUGAGAAGUUGUUACAUUUUGUUAUAUAUAUAUUGCAGGGUUGAUCAUGGUGAAAAUCAAGAAUGCUUAGUUAUUGUCAUAAUGGAUGUUGAACUAGAGCAAGCUACAUUGGUUACAACUCUAGACAUGAUGCCUGCUAAGAAGAAGGAGCUCAUGAGUCAUGCCAUGAAGAGGACAAGUGAAUGGAUUUUCUCCCAAGAGAUCUCGAGUGAUGUUACGAUCCACGUACAAGGCGUUUCAUUUUCGUUACACAAGUUUCCAUUGGUGUCAAAGUGUGGUUAUAUAAGGAAAUUGAUAUUAAACUCGAAAGAGGGUGAUCAUGCAGUCAAAAUCAAUGAUGUCCCAGGAGGGCCUGAAGGAUUCGAACUUGCAGCGAAGUUUUGUUAUGGAAUAAACUUCGAAUUAACGAUUGAAAACAUUGCAAUGGCAAGGUGUGUGGCUGAGUUUCUUGAAAUGACGGAGGAGUAUUCGGUUGGGAACCUGGUAUCAAGAACAGAAGCCUAUAUAAAUGAAGUCGGGCUUAAUUCGUUUGCGGGCGCAGUUUCGAUCUUGCAAUCGUCAGAAAGAUACUUACCGGUGUCUGAAAAUGUAAAACUGGUCACUCGUUGUGUAGACACAAUUGCACUCAUAGUGACCAAGGAAAGCCAAUUUUGUUUGUCGGCUAGCGCAGAGUGUAGUAGCGAUGGCUUAGAUUCUUCUUCGUCGUCUUUGUUUCACCUAAAAGAAGUUGUUGAUUGGUGGGCUGAAGACUUGGUUGUUCUUAGCAUCCAUACAUUUCAAAGGGCUCUUCUUGCAAUGAUUUCAAGGGGGUUCAACAAGUAUGCACUUGUGCCGAUUCUAAUGCUUUAUGCACGCAAAUGUCUUCAAGAUUUGCAGGAGAUAUCAGGAAAGGGGAAGAACAAAGGUGAUCCAAAUCAAGAAAACGAAAAGCGGGUUGUUUUAGAAACGAUAGUUAGCCUCUUGCCAAGGGAAAAAAAUGCAAUAUCAACUAGUUUCCUUUCAAUGCUACUUCGAUCUGCGAUAUACCUCGAGACAACCGUUGCAUGUAGGGUAGAUUUAGAGAAAAGAAUGGGGUUACAGCUUGGGCAAGCUGUCUUAGAUGAUAUAUUGAUCCCUUCUUUUCGCUUUGACGGGGACACUUUGUUUGAUAUUGACACCGUGCAACGAAUAUUGAUGAAUUUUGGUGAGUUGGAUGGCCCUUGUGAUGACAUGGCGAAAGUUGGAAAGCUUAUGGAGAGUUAUCUUGCUGAAAUAGCUUCUGAUAGUAACUUAUCAUUAUUAAAGUUUAUGAAUCUUGUUGAGCAUACACCAAAUCAAAGGGUCACAGAUGAUGGAUUGUAUAAAGCCAUUGAUAUAUACUUAAAGGCUCAUCCGGCUUUAGGGGAUACAGAAAGGAAGAAACUUUGCAGUUUGUUAAACUGUCAAAAGCUAACUAGCGAGGCGUGUGCUCAUGCCGCACAAAAUGAGAGGCUUUCGGCAGGGACAGUUGUUCAAGUUCUUUACUAUGAACAACAACGGUUAAGAGACGCCAUUGAUGAUGGAUCUAGAUCGAACCCGUUACCAGAUGAUGUUUCAAGUUUACAAAAAGAGAAUAAAGAUCUUAAAUUAGAGCUUCUAAAAGCGAAAAUGAAACUAAAAGACAUCGAAAAAGAAAAAUCGCAUUCUGAUAAGUCACCAUCGCGUACAAGAUCACUCAUAAGCACCGUGUCGAAAAAGUUCUUGAAAUUUACUCCAUUUUUAUGGUUUGAUCAUGGGGUUUCAAAUUCCAUUACAAGAAUCAAGGAUAAGGCAAGUAAAGUUAGAAGACAUUCUAUUUCUUGAAUGCCAUUAACACUGUUUAGGUGUUUUGGUGUAAUGUAUAAUCUUUAAAUGUUACAUCCUAUGUCUUGAAAUUCUUAAUAUAAUUAUUUAUUUAUGUAUAUAUGUAUAUAUAAGUUGAAGGUUGCUUUUGUA